AUGGCUCCCGCUCGACGCCACAUCGGGGCAAGCCGUAGGAAGAGACGGGACGAUGAGGGCGAGGACGAGGGCUCACAGUUUGGAGAAGUGGACGAUGACUCCUUGAGUGAGGGCUCGGUCGACAGUCACCAGGAAGAUGAAGAUGCCGAUGGAGAAGUUAGCGAAAGUGACGGAGAAGCUUCGACCACGCUGGACACGGACAAGCUCAACGGUGGAAAGACCAACGGCCGGAACCCAAACCAGACAGACCAACACAGCUCUACAACCCCCAGAAAGCCCGGACUGAAGAUGACUGUCUCCGACACGGAAGCGAUGUUGAACGGGCUUAAACUAUCUGACGAUGGCGAUGAGAUCAGCUUCGACCAGAUGGAGGAGCAGCGAGACCUUCAGACGGGCCGGACACCGUCUGCUCCGCCCACGGAACCGAAACGGGAGACCCUAGCUGCGAGGAAGCGCCGAGAGCAUGAGAAAUACGUGAAGGAGCGAGAGCAGAACCCGGCAUUUGUACCCACCCGAGGCAGUUUCUUCUUACACGACAAGCGGACGUCAGAGGCUGGAUCGAAUAGUCACCGUGCCUUCAACAAGGGAAAGUCCAGGCCCGUCGGUCUCAUCGUGGAUGGGAAUUCUCGCAAAAACUCUACCUCCAAGGACGCAAGUGAAGGACAGUGGACACACGACCUCCAUGAGACAGUGGCCGGAGAGCACCCCGCGCCCAAGCAGGCCUCCACCACAGCUGGACCAUAUCCAUCGGUUCAGAAUGUGCCGACCGCCCCUCGAUCUGACCCUCCGAAUCGUUCGUUCUCUAGCACUACCUUGAUCGGCAAUGUUCCCGUCGUUGUUUUCCUGCCAGGCAUGACACAGCCAAAGUCGUUCCCCGCAGUGCCUAAAAAGCAGCAUACUCGCCUCCCCCAACAUCGUCCUCCCUUGCGCCGUGACAAACCGGUGCGAAUCUCGCUUCCUGGCCAGCCUCCUCGCUAUAUUUUCCCCUCUAUUGAGCGUUCCUUCAUCUUUAUUCCCCGUGCAUUGCGACCGAAUCAACAAGGCUACCGAGGCCGGGGCCGAGGCGGUGGUUUCUACCCCGGCCGACGACCCAGCUAUUACAACACCUACACCCCUAGCGUUCUCAGUGUCAGCAGAAGGUCCUCGCUUGGAAUGUCGGUCUCCCAGGAUGGCUAUCCGUCGCCGGCAGGUUCGGUGUACUCGCGGCCAGCCAUGGUUGUUCCCGAUACAAGCAAGCCCGUCGUUCGUCUGCCUCCUCCGCCGCGUCCUCCCGUUGGUAUGCCCCCGACCGGGCCUGGUGCGGGAAUGCCACCAGGAGCUAUGCCACCUAUGCAAUUCCCGCACUUUGCCUAUCGUGAAAGUCGCCCGGCACCUAUCCCCAUGCAUCAACCCCGUCCUCAAAAGGCUGUCUCCGUGGCCGAUAUCGAGAGCCCGGCCAGCUUCCCAUUCAACCCACCCCAGCCUCAGCAGGAACAACCAUUCCACCACCAGGUUCCCAUGCCCGUUGCUGGACCUGGUCAAGAGCAGAUGGUGCAGGGCCCGCCGAGCCAGGCUUCAGGAACUCCGCUUUCGCAGAUUCCCGAGCGGGCAAUCCACGCCCAGCCUUUCCAACCAUACGGCUACCAACCGCCAGGCUAUUACCCAGGCUACCCUCCUGGCGCCAUGUACUAUCCAGGAUCUGGUCCUGAGUAUGCCCCGUACAAUGGACCGAUGGGACCUGGUGUUUCGAUGCCUAAUUUCCCUCCGGGUCAACAACCUAUGCCUUACGUUGUUCCCUCCUCGUCAUCGGGAGAGCAGCCUUCUCAGCCCGGUACCGUUGCCCAUGAAUCGGGUGGCACGGUGUACUUCUAUGAUGCCAACCAGAUGUACCCUGGCACUAAUUAUGGGGGUCAAGGUCCGGGGCAGGGGCCUGGAGGAGUUGUGGGCAUGGGAGGUAUGAUGACGCCUCCUGGUACCACGUAUUACUACCCACAACCACCUGGGGCCGGGGGAGGCAUGUACUAUGGACCUCAGUGA